AUGGCCCCCAAAACAUGGCUCGUCACUGGUGCCUCCUCAGGCCUAGGCACAGCCAUCGCCGAAGUAGCCCUUCGCGCUGGAAACAAAGUUAUCGCAACAGCCCGCAAUCCCUCAAAAGCAGCUAAAGAGAACCCGCAAAUCGAAGAAUUGGGAGGCACAUGGCUCGAACUCGAUGUGACGAGUACGGAAACACCCAAGAAAGUGGAGGAUGCAAUUCGGCAAUCUGGUGGCGCGAUUGACGUGGUCGUUAACAAUGCGGGGUACUCGCUGCUUGGUAGCAUCGAGGAUAUGAGCGAAGCAGAGAUUGAGAACCAGUUCAGCACGAAUGUUUAUGGACCCGUGCGAGUGUUGAAGGGUGCAUUGCCUUUUAUGCGGGCGCAGCGAUCGGGGACGAUUGUGAACGUGAGCAGUAUCGCUGGUAUGGAUGGGUUGCCUUCUUGUGCGAUGUAUGCGGGAUCUAAGUUUGCUCUUGAGGGCAUGUCCGAGAGUCUCUCAAGAGAACUAGCACCAUUCGGUAUCCGAGUUAUCAUCGUUGAACCUGGUCAAUUCCGAACCAAGUUCCUGUCAGCCUUUGUCGAGCCUGCCGCUGGGCUGAACCAGGACUAUGUUGGAACUCCACUCGAGGCUACCCUAAACGUAUUCAAAACCAGUGAUGGGAAACAAAAUGGGGACCCUGUUAAAGCUGCCCAGCGGGUUCUGGACGUCGUGACUGGCACGGGAAUUGGCGCAGGCAAAGAAAGCCUAUUGCGACUCCCUCUUGGCCCUGACUGCUUUCAACGAUUCCAAACAAAGCUUGACGCCGUGCAGGCGAAUCUGACACUGGUAAAGGACAUUGCUCAUUCCACCAACCUAUGA